UUUGUGAUUGAUAAGCAUAAAGCUCCGCAAUAAGGCAAAAGCUUUGAACAAUAGUUGAUUCAUAUUUACUGUCCGUCAAAUAUUAACUAUUUUAAAGAAGGAAUUAUCUUGGCGACAUACAUCAUUCAAAAUACACUUGUGUUAAAUUAACAACAUAAUCGGUGCACAAAUAUCUCAAAAUGUCUGAAGCUGCUAAUGAUCCGAUAAUUAAAAUUGAACCGCAAGAAUAUCCAAUCGAAGACAUUAAACAGGAAAUGGAGGAAGAUCAUGAAUCGCGUUCAGAGGAUGACAAAACAUGUCUAACGAGAUUUAUGAACUCUAUAGUAGAAAUAGAAGAAGUCAAACAGGAAUUAAUUCAGACUGCUCCUUAUAAAUGUGACAAGUGUAAUAGAACAUUUAGAAAGUUGCUUUAUUUGGAACAGCAUAUGGUGAAUUAUUGUCAGAAGUAUACAUAUUCUUCAGAGACUUUACCAGAUGCAUGUGCAUUAGAAAUACAUAUAGAAUCUCAUACAGAUCAACACAGUUGUGCUCCAGCAGGAGAACAAAUUUCACAUUUGAAUGAAUCUGGUAAUCAAAAACGAAAUAUUCGCGCUCAUACUGCAAAGGGGCCAGGUAAACGUCCGCAUGUUUGCCAAAUCUGUGACAAGAAAUUCACACAAUCGAGUACCUUGAACAGACAUAUGAUAAUUCACAAUGGGGUACAUCCUAAAAAAUGUAAAAUAUGUGGUAAGACAUUCACACAAUUGGGUUCCUUGAACAGACAUAUGCUCAUUCACCUUGGCGAACGGCCACAUAUUUGCCAAAUUUGUGAUAUGACAUUCAGACAAUCGUCAGACUUGAAUCAACAUCUGCUCAUUCACACUGGCGAGCGUCCCCAUGUUUGCCAAAUUUGUGAUAAGACAUUCACACAAUCGAGUAGCUUGAACAGACAUAUGGUCAUUCACACUGGCAAACGUCCCCACAUUUGUCAAAUUUGUGAUAAGACAUUCACACAAUCGUUUCACUUGAAUAAACAUAUGCUUAUUCACACUGGUGAAUGUCCCUACAUUUGCCAAAUAUGUGAUAAGACAUUUACACAAUUGAAUAACUUGAAUCAACAUUUGCUCAUUCACACUGGCGAGCGUCCCCAUGUUUGCCAAAUUUGUGAUAAGACAUUCAAACAAUCGAGUACCUUGAACAGACAUAUGGUCAUUCACACUGGCAAACAUCCCCACAUUUGUCAAAUUUGUGACAAGACAUUCAUACAAUCGUUUCACUUGAAUAGACAUAUGCUCAUUCACACUAAAGAGCGCCAUUUCAAAUGCAAAAUUUGCGAUAAGGUAUUCAAACAAUCAAGUACCCUGAAAGAGCACAUGGUUGCUCAUACCAAUGAGUAA